AUGACAGCGGAGAAGGAAGCUCUGAUGGGCAGUCAGACGGCGAAGAAUCUGCAACUGGCAGUACGCCCCAAGCACGGCAGCGAACAGACGACUAGGCAACUGGUGGCUGCAAAGUUUGACAUUUACCAUAAACCACGGCCUCAGUGGAACUGA